CUCAUGUCAUUACAUGUGGUCUUUGCGGGGAAGGAAACGCACCGUGGUGUCAUGAGAGGAGCUUCGGGGGAUUUGACCUGGUCCCCGGGCCAGGAUGUGGGGAUGCUGAGAGUCACAGAAGAAUCCCUCAAGGAGGUGACAUUUCAUCUGAGACAUAACAGUUGCUCUAAUUUAUGUCCCUCGACGGUACUGCCACCCUGCGUGUCAUCUGAACCUCUGUGUGGAGUAGGCAGGUCUCGAGUUCAAGGUCCCUGGCGGGUAAACAACAAUCGAAACAAUUUCAAGUUCACGGACAUCCCCUGCAAUCAACAUCAACUACUCCAUCAAGAAAACAAGACCUUGGUAUUGUUGCAGCUCCCUCUGACGAGGAACUCCAGCACUUGGAGAAGAAUUGCGUCAGUGACCCAGAGCGUAGACAGGAGCUUCUCUGACCAGAAUCCAAACCCGCUCCCUGAUGGGAGGCCAAGGAUUUCAGCUCUGGUGCUUGGUCGCCCAGAGGGGGGACGCCCGUUAGCGUGUGGUCAGUGGGCACCCCGGAGACACCCCUCUUGCCCGUUCCAGCCUCUCGAGGUCGGGGUUCCUGUGGACACAGGCUCCACUACUGUGCACUGUGACAGGUUCUCCCGAGCACCGUGUCCUCCUGGCGCCCCGUCUUCUGACACCUCAUCAGUCCCUCUGGGUGCCAGGCCUUGCCGACUGCUUCGCCCUGGAGGCCGGUCCCAGAGCCUAUUUCACGGCUCAUUCAAAAGGAAAACGAGGAGGCCUUUUCCAUUUCAUCUGUUAAAUGAUUUAAUUCACGAGGGACUUGGUCACCACGGAUCCCAGCGCGGCCCGGUUCCCGGUCAUUUUCAAUUUACCGCUCUGAUGGAACUGCACGAACCCCACCAAGCUCUGCGCUGGGCCCCAACAGAGGUCGCACGGCGGGGCCCUAGGGGCCAUCUGGCCAGGGGACUGAGGCUGGAAGGGGAGGGCGGCAGAGUGUGUCUGAUCGUUUGAUGCAGCUGAUGUGUGAAGCGACACCCACAGUGUUGGGAUCCAAUCCCCCCUGAAGAUGGGGCCCCUUGGAAACACAUCUGAUAAAUGUCUAAUUAAAUAUUCAGAGGGAGCAGCAUUCCCGGAGCAGUUCUAGCCCCAGAGGACUUCAGGCUCCUGACCUUGUUCGUGCCCAUGUUUACAGGCAGUCGUCGACCCCCCGCCCCUUCCCACAUCCUCCUGCUCCUUGUGGGGGUCGGUGAGGACAGCCUGGCCAGCCCUCAGGUCAGAACAGGGGACACGGGGCGUGAGCGGGAGAGCCGCGGGCUGCUCUGCCGGCGGGAGAGUCGAGGCAGGGGAGCAGAAGCCACGACCUGAAUCGA